AGAACAAUCUGACUGGAAUUACGACACAUCAUCGUCAGAUGGUAAGUUGAUGUGUCUUCAAAUAGUCUCAACAUAUUGGUGAUAUCAUUGGGGGAUACUUUUAUAGACAUCCUUACUAGAUGUUAUAUUGAUAUCAUGACAUCAUAAUUUUAUAGAUUUGAUUAAUGGCUAAUGUGUUGAUUUCAUCUCUAGAUAAUAGGUAAGUGUAUAGAUGCAAAGACAGGAUACGUUUAUGGAUAGCCUGACUGAAUGAGCUGUCAUGGAGACCAUGAUUAGAGAAGUUAUGGACCUGACUGAAUGAGCUGUCAUGGAGACCAUGAUUAGAGACGUUAUGAACCUGACUGAAUGAGCUGUCAUGGAGACCAUGAUUAGAGAAGUUAUGGACCUGACUGAAUGAGCUGUCAUGGAGACCAUGAUUAGAGACGUUAUGAACCUGACUGAAUGAGCUGUCAUGGAGACCAUGAUUAGAGAAGUUAUGGACCUGACUGAAUGAGCUGUCAUGGAGACCAUGAUUAGAAAAGUUAUGGACCUGACUGAAUGAGCUGUCAUGGAGACCAUGAUUAGAAAAGUUAUGGACCUGACUGAAUGAGCUGUCAUGGAGACCGUGAUUAGAGAAGUUAUGAACCUGACUGAAUGAGCUGUCAUGGAGACCAUGAUUAGAGACGUUAUGAACCUAAAUGAAUGAGCUGUCAUGGAGACCAUGAUUAGAGAAGUUAUGAACCUGACUGAAUGAGCUGUCAUGGAGACCAUGAUUAGAGAAGUUAUGAACCUGACUGAAUGAGCUGUCAUAGAGACCGUGAUUAGAGAAGUUAUGAACCUGACUGAAUGAGCUGUCAUAGAGACCGUGAUUAGAGAAGUUAUGAACCUGACUGAAUGAGCUGUCAUGGAGACCGUGAUUAGAGAAGUUAUGAACCUGACUGAAUGAGCUGUCAUAGAGACCGUGAUUAGAGAAGUUAUGAACCUGACUGAAUGAGCUGUCAUGGAGACCAUGAUUAGAGAAGUUAUGAACCUGACUGAAUGAGCUGUCAUAGAGACCGUGAUUAGAGACGUUAUGAACCUGACUGAAUGAGCUGUCAUAGAGACCGUGAUUAGAGAAGUUAUGAACCUGACUGAAUGAGCUGUCAUAGAGAUCGUGAUUAGAGAAGUUAUGAACCUGACUGAAUGAGCUAUCAUGGAGACCGUGAUUAGAGAAGUUAUUGUUGGAUUGAAUAUUUGCAUUGAUAUCAGGACAGGAUUUACGCUUUCUCCUUCUGUUUAGUCUUUCUUUUAAUUUGUUGCCCGGGAGGUGGAUGCAUUCGGGAAUGGGUGGGAGUAUAACUCAAGGGUGCCAGAGUCUCCUGAAGGAAACGUGUGCUUAAAUUUUAAAGAAUGGGUGAAUGCAAUUUGGUGCAUACCUGGAUUUAAUUUUGCAUCAUUAUCAACUUAAUCGAUGACCAUCAGUGGACAUUAGGGUUCCCUUGACAUUAAUGGGUUUAUACAAAUCCUUGAAUUUUUGCUGACAUCCGUCCGUCACAAUGGGACGAUAGUGUAGACUUCGCAGGACUAAAUCCACAAGGCCUAGGAUUUCUCUUGUUUAGGAUUAUAAGCUGGUUCCCACACAUCAAAUCGCUUCUCUCCACGCCACUGGAUAACCCAGGGGAACAUCAUGUGUGGAUAAUACAGCUUGGCACCAGUGGCGUCGCUGGAUUGGACGGAAUGUUUCAUUUUGCCAAUUUUAUCCGCCCAUGGGACUCCAUCUCCGGAUUUGAAUUCAGUUUCCUUCUCUUAGAUGAGUUUCCAUCUAAGGUUAACGAGUCCCACCCACCCAACUUUUAGUUAAGUCAAGUUUUUUUUUUAAAUUUUAAAAUACAAAUUAUUUAAAUUAUUAUUUUUUUUAAACGAAGUGGCUAUUCGUACCCAGGUACCAGAAGUGAGAGGUUGGGAUUAAAAAACUAUUUGAAAUUUUAUUGUUGGGUUUGUAAGAAAAAAUAAGGUAUCAAAUGAAAGAUAAUUGAAUGGGCUAUAUGUUUGUAAACGUAAUUCUUCAGUUUAACUAAAAUAAACUACCACAAAUGACAUCCGAAUAGCACUGAGUCAAAAUGGACCCAGACCCGCAGCGCCGCCAUUCGCAUCUGGGUACCAUUAGACUCAAGCUUUCUCUUCCGGUACACGGGUACACAUAUUCGCAGCCUAAUUUAAAUGACGUUUGACUCCUAAAAUAAAGGUGCAAGCAAAUUAUUAAGAUAAUGCGAUACAAACAAACCAUCUACCUAUCCCUCUAUCCCUCUAUCCCUCUAUCCCUCUAUCCCUCUAUCCCUCUAUCCCUCUAUCCCUCUAUCCCUCUAUCCCUCUAUCCCUCUAUCCCUCUAUCCCUCUAUCCCUCUAUCCCUCUAUCCCUCUAUCUCUCUAUCCACCUAUCCAUCUCUCUUUUCUAUCUUGUUGGAUAUCAUAAUUCACGAUAUCACACUUUUGAUUAUCCUAAUCCUGGUUAUUACAAUUCUGGAUAUCAUAAUGUUUGACGACACAAUCCUGGAUAUUACAAUUCUAACAACUCGUUGGUUGAGAAAAAGGUAGGGAAAGAGAGGGGGGGGGAGGUGUCCCUAACUUGUCUAUUAAAACUUCCAAUAUAGCAACGGAAAUGAAGUUUGGACUUCUGACAUUGACAAGGUCAUCACGGCUUUGUUUGAGCCAACGUCUGAUUAGAAAAGUCUAGCUGACCCGGAUGUUUCAAGAUGUGCCUCACGUCUGUCAUUUAUUUUAGGAUUUGCAUUUUCAGCUGAAUUUUAUGCAGUUACGUCACUAGGGCUUGGUGGGAGGGGGGAAGUUGCUAAAUCCGACACAUGGGGAAAUUGCUUUUUGCCCCAAUAAAACCAGGGAAAUCACCCGUUUGUACAGAUCAUCAUCAUUCUUAAAAUAUCAAAAUUUCAUCGUUUUAAAAAUUAAGCACCCAGGCCAUCCAUAUACAUGCAGUGCGUACGCACUGAAGGGGUCUGGGGUUGUUGAUUUUGGAUAUUUAGCGUAAACCCUUGCUUUUUGAGAUUAUAGUUUGAUUUUAUAUGGUUAUUAUUUUAAAAAUAAAAAUAGAAAGUUUGUAGUGGUGUCAGCAGAUAAUAUGUAUACCUAUUAAUCUGAAGGCAAAUUUAUAUCGAUAAAACUAUUAUGUCUAUUGCUAAAGAUCUCUAUCAAUGGCAUGUCUAUUGUUACAGGUCCCUUUCAUUGGUAUGUCUAAAGUUACAGGUCCCUGUCAUUGGCAUGUGUAUGUUACAGGUUCCUGUCAUUGGUAUGACUAUUGUUACAGGCCCCUGACAUUGGUAUGUCUUUGUUACAAGUUCUUGUCAUUGGUAUGUCUAUUGUUACAGGUCCCUGACAUUGGUAUGUCUAUUGUUACAGGUCCCUGACAUUGGUAUGUCUAUUGUUACAUGUUCCUGUCAUUGGUAUGUCUUAAGUUACAGGUCCCUGUCAUUGGUAUGUCUAUUGUUACAGGUUCCUGUCAUUGGUAUGUCUUAAGUUACAGGUCCCUGUCAUUGGUAUGCGUAUGUUACAGGUCCCCGACAUUGGUAUGUCUAUUGUUAAAGGUCACUGUCGUUGGUAUGUCUAUUGUUACAGGUCAAUGUCGUUGGCAUGUCUAUAGUUAAAGGUCACUGCUAUUGAUAUGUCUAUUGUUACAGGUCACUGUCAUUGAUAUGUCUAUUGUUACAGGUCCUUGUCAUUGAUAUGUCUAUUGUUACAGGUCCCUGUCAUUGGUAUGAAAACUACCCUGCCUGUGGUGGAUCAAUGCAAUCCCCAAUAAAUAUCGAUACAGGUGGAGCAUGGUUUGACCCCGAGCUCAGACCAAUGGAUCUAGGCGACUACAGUCUUGUGGAUCACGUGCAGAUGACUCUGGUCAACAGAGGUGGUCAUACAGGUAAGGCGAUCAUAUUGGUAUGAAGGUCAUACAGGUAAGUCGGUCAUACUGUACCAAGGUCAUACUGGUAAGUCGAUCAUAUUGGUAUGAAGGUCAUACAGGUAAGUCGGUCAUACUGUACCAAGGUCAUACAGGUAAGUCGGUCAUACUGUACCAAGGUCAUACAGGUAAGUCGGUCAUACUGUACCAAGGCAUACUGGUAAGUCGAUCAUAUUGGUAUGAAGGUCAUACUGGUAAGUCGGUCAUACUGUACCAAGGUCAUAUGGUAAGUCGGUCAUACUGUACCAAGGUCAUACAGGUAAGUCAGUCAUACUGUACCAAGGUCAUACUGGUAAGUCGGUCAUACUGUACCAAGGUCAUACAGGUAAGUCGGUCAUACUGUACCAAGGUCAUACAGGUAAGUCGGUCAUACUGUACCAAGGUCAUACAGGUAAGUCGGUCAUACUGUACCAAGGUCAUACUGGUAAGUCGGUCAUACUGUACCAAGGUCAUACAGGUAAGUCGGUCAUACUGUACCAAGGUCAUACAGGUAAGUCGGUCAUACUGUACCAAGGCAUACUGGUAAGUCGAUCAUAUUGGUAUGAAGGUCAUACUGGUAAGUCGGUCAUACUGUACCAAGGUCAUAUAGUAAGUCGGUCAUACUGUACCAAGGUCAUACUGUACCAAGGUCAUAUGGUAAGUCGAUCAUAUUGGUAAUUCUGUCAUAUUGGUAAAGUCGGUUAUAUUUGUAUGAAGGUCAUACUAGUAAGUUGGUCAUAUUGGUAAGUCGAUCUUAUUGGUAAUUCUGUCAUAUUGGUAAAGUCGGUUAUAUUGGUAUGAAGGUCAUACUAGUAAGUUGUUCAUAUUGGUAGUCGAUCAUAUUGGUAAUUUUGUCAUAUUGGUAAAGUCGGUUAUAUUGGUAUGAAGGUAAACUUUAUUAAGUAAAUAACCAAUUGCUAAAUGCAAUAUUCAUGUAAACAACCAAUUAUAAAUUGUAAAAUUCUGCAAACUAUAGAAUUGUAUCCAUUUGUAUUUGGCUGUUUGCAGAAUUGUUAAACAACCUCAUACAAAAUGCAACCAUUUCAUAUACAACUUAUCACAACUAGUCAUAAUCUUGUAUGUCUCCAAAAAUGAGUUGUAUGUGUGCCAUCAAACCUUCCAUUUACAACAGCUGAGAUUUCCUAUAGUGGCAAGGCUCUAUACAUCAGGGGCGGAGGCUUGUUGGGGGAGUACCAACUGGAUCAGCUACACUUUCACUGGGGGCCAAGGUUUAGAAAUGGCUCUGAGCACAAACUGGACUGGAGACAUUACCCGAUGGAGGUGAGGAGAUGGAAAUCAUUGAAACAUGUUUCGAUAUUAGAUUCUUCAUGUUUACUAUUCUUAUAGGAUAUUAGAUGUGAGCAGUUAGUACAGCAGACAUUCUUAUAGGAUAUUAGAUGUGAGCAGUUAGUACAGCAGACAUUCUUAUAGGAUAUUAGAUGUGAGCAGUUAGUACAGCAGACAUUCUUAUAGGAUAUUAGAUGUGAGCAGUUAGCACAGCAGACAUUCUUAUAGGAUAUUAGAUGUGAGCAGUUAGUACAGCAGACAUUCUUAUAGGAUAUUAGAUGUGAGCAGUUAGUACAGCAGACAUUCUUAUAGGAUAUUAGAUGUGAGCAGUUAGUACAGCAGACAUUCUUAUAGGAUAUUAGAUGUGAGCAGUUAGCACAGCAGACAUUCUUACAGGAUAUUAGAUGUGAGCAGUUAGUACAGCAGACAUUCUUAUAGGAUAUUAGAUGUGAGCAGUUAGCACAGCAGCUAUUCUUAUAGGAUAUUAGAUGUGAGCAGUUAGUACAUCAGCUAUUCUUAUAGGAUAUUAGAUGUGAGCAGUUAGCACAGCAGCUAUUCUUUCACUCACCAUUAUCCUAACACCAAAACUGUAAAAAUGUUUAUCCUCAGCUCCACAUCGUACAUCAUCAGAGAAAGAAGAUGUCAGAUGGAGUCGCUGCUGCGAAAGAGCCUAAUGGCCUGGCUGUCUAUGCUGUACUAUUCAAGGUAUAGAGUUUGAAUGACUACAAAAUAGAAAUAAAAGGAACAAAUUUUACUUUCUUUUUAAUAUGGGGCCAUCCAUAUAGUACUUACGCACUGGGGCGGGGGGGGGGGGGGUUAGGGGGUAGAUGUCGAUUUUUAAAGAUUUGACUUACGCAUCCAUAUGGGAGGUUUUUUUUUUUGGGGGGGGGGUGUCCUUGGCAGAAAGUGCAUACAUAUAUUAACAUUUUUUUUAUAAUAAUCCUAUUGGAUCUCUGAAAGUUAAAAAAUUAAACAUUGAAAUCUUUAUCCUGUAAACACAGCCAAUUUUUGACGGAAUUAUCGUCAUAAUUUUGUCAUGUAUUUUAACAAAUGACCUCGCUAUAUAUAGCUCAAAUGAUUACGCAGUAGUAGCAGUAUUACAGAAAUAGUCCACUGUAUGUUCAUCUGGCGUGUGACGUCCCCCUCCCGGCUACGCCAAUGGUUCCUAAACUGUUGAUAUUCCCAGCGCCCAUGCACAAUUUAGGACCAUUGGAAAUAGGGAAUAAAAAAACCUUAAUAUUGCAAAAAAAUAAUUUAAAAAAUAUUUAAAAAAUAUGUGUGUAGGUCGAUAAGCGAGGUCAUUCAGUAACUUCAACAGAAGUUACUUAAGUGUUUGCACGUAGAUGUCUCAAGGGAUUAAAGUGGAAAUAAAAUUAUGAAUAGUAUGUAUUAUUUCGCGGCGCCGCUGUCAGUAAGACGAAGCAACACAGGUCAAAGUCAUGUAGAGGAAAAGUUCACCUACUUGGCGAAGCCGGAGAAUGGUGCCACUUAAAUGUGGAAGAAAAUGCGACCCGGGGCGGACAAGUGAAUCGAAGAUUUUUGACGCCCUUCGUCUUUCUCAAGUCUUUGGGAUUUUAUAUUUAAAUUUAUCAUUAAUAUCCUAUCUAAAGACGAAUUCCAAAAACAUGAUGUUGGGGCCUUGUGUGACUGCUCUCUUUGUCCAAUCCACAAGACUGCCCUCUUUGUUCCAUCCACAAGACUGCCCUCUUUGUUCCAUCCACAAGACUUCCCUCUUUGUCCCAUCCACAAGAUUGCACUGUGUCAAUUGUCUAAGAUUGCACUGUGUCACUUGUCUAAGAUUUCACUGUGUAAAUUGUCUAAAACUGCACUGUGUCAAUUGUCUAAGAUUACACUGUUCCAUUUUUUUUCGUUAAAAUGACACAUCAUUCCAAUUAUGGCAUUUCAAACUUUACAAAAUUCAUGUUGUCAUAAUACUAAUCGUAUGCAUCUUUAUAUAUUUUAAGACCUUUUAAUCCUAAGAUUCACAUAACAGAAACAUUUCAGAUGAGUCUGUUACAAUAAGAUUACAACAAGAUUACAACAAGAUUACAAUAAGAUUACAACAAGAUUACAACAAGAUUACAACAAGUAGUUUGAAAAAAAAAAACUUUUUAUUUCCAUAAUGAUUUUCAGAUGGUACCACAUGAUAAUCCUAAACUGAACGAAAUAAUACGUCAUUUGGAUCAAAUACAACUAUCUGGUAAGUGGGUGUCACAUUUGAUCCAGUGAGUGGGUGUCACAUUUAAGAUGACACCAAUAAUUUCCCUAGAAUUUUUAUACUACUUUCCCCAUAACAUGACAUUUACAUGUUAAGUUGUAUUAAUUUUCAGGUGAUCUGGUAAACAAGACAUUAUUGAUUAGACAACGGUUCUAGCAUUUUUAGGAAUUUGAUUAACAAGACUAAUUUUAAGGAUGUAAAUUACAAUGUCUAUAAAUUUGGGAACUAUUUUUUGGAAAGCCACUAUAACCUUUAAACAAAUGGCUGUUAAUAUCAAACAGGGCUGUUUAUGUCAAACAGGAUGCAAGGUAGUUUUGCCAUGCACACAGAGUAUAUAAUAUGAAGUACCGGUACAAAUAUAAUAUUGUUUGCUUUUUUAAAUUUCCCCUUCAUGGGCCCCACUUGAGCUCCAUGGGGCCCGGAACAAUGAACAGGCUGCCCCCCUUCUCCCCAGGCCUUUGUACUGGCUGCACCUUUUUCUACCCAGACCUUUGUACCGGCUGCAACAUUUAUCCCCAGGCCUUUGUACAGCUGCACCCUUUCUCCCCAGACCUUUGUACCGGCUGCACCAUUUCACCCCGGGCCUUUGUACCAGCUGCACCCCUUCUUCCCAAGCUGUUUUGUAUGUCAUGAAGUAUGAAUUGCGCUUUUUGUACAUCAUGAAGUAUAAAUUGCACUUUUUGCAGGUAAUGAGAUUAAAAUAGCAUCAUUUCCUCUGCUUGAAGUUCUACCUGCAACAGUUGCCCGACUUUUCUACAGAUAUGAUGGAAGCUUGACUACUCCGCCUUGUUAUGAAUCUGUCAUCUGGACUAUUGCAGUGGACUUUAUUGACAUCUCAGAGGAUCAGGUACAAAAUGGUGUCAAUAAUUGCAUUCAAUCUCAUAGAUUAAGUCAACAAUAUCACUAUCAUCAGCUAGUUAGUCAGCCAGUCAGUCAGCUAGUUAGUCAGCCAGUCAGUCAGCUAGUUAGCCUUGAAUAGUAAUAUGAAAUCAAAACAAAGACAUUUCAAAUGAUAUUUCCUUUUUAAAAAGGUAAUAAUAUUAUUUUUUUAAUGAAUUUAGAAAACACCAAAAGUUUUAAAAUUGAUACUGAUUAUCCAACCUACUAAGUAGAAAACUAAUAUCUUUGUUCUUCACUGGUUAUACUUUCUCUCUCUCUCUCUCUCUCUCUCUCUCUCUCUCUCUUUCUCUCUUUGUAUUUGUAUAUUAAUUAAUUAAUUUUUAUGAGUGGUAUAAGUUCACUCAUCCAGUGACCUCUAAAUCUAGAAAAAAAUAAUAAUAAAAAUAUAUAUAUAAUAAGUUUUGAAAAUAGAUCCCCUCUCUCUCUUUCUCUCUGAAAUAUUACAUUCACUGUAAGGGAUCGAACCAUUGCUCUUUGAUGGCCCCGGCAAGUAUGGAACAGGCCUGCCUCAUCUGUUGGUGGCGUUUAAGACUCCACCAUUGGUCGCCCUUUUGAUUUGUUUGUGGCAAAGUUUUCUGGCAGUCGUACCCUGUUCCCAUCCUCAUGGAAGAGAUCCUUAAUCCAGGCCUUGACCCCCCCCCCCAAGUUGGGUCAUUUGUCGUUAAGGUUGAGGCUGGGAAGAGCCUUAUCUCUCAAGAUAGUCAGCUCUGUCUUGUGGGGGGAUCCCUGCGUGUCAUAGGAUCCAUUGGAGGGUCACCAUGCCUCCGCGAGACCGUAUAUGUCUCGUCCGAGCUCCAGUAUUGCUUGCGCCAUCUUCGUGUCCAAAUAGCACCUCUUCACAAUUUCGAGAGCACAGUGUGAGUCGGUGAACACUACGACGGACGGAAUUGUUUUGCGUCUGGCUAGCCGUCGACGCACUUUUUUCAAGCCCAUUAAAAUAGCUUCGACUUCUGCGUCAGUUGCAGAGCUAUUCGUGCCGCUUGGGCCUGACAUCUCCUCUGGUGGAGGUACCCCCUUUGGAUACUGUAUUAGUGCGCCGUAGCCUGCCCGCUUCUCGCUCGCGAGAUAGGAGCCGUCUGUGAAGACUGAGACCAUGACGUCCUUAUAAGCCUCUAGUGCUACCCCCUUUUGCACAUGUAGGGGACUCGACUUGUUAACUGCCGUGUUUGACAGGGUCAGACGUACAUCAGGUGGUUCGCCGCUAUCCUGGGGUGAUCUCUCCUGGAUCAGACAUUUGUCCCCCUGUUUCCUGGUAAAAGGUGCUUGUUCUUGAGUGAAUCCACGCAUCCAUAAAGGAGGGUCUGUUAAGCCUUGUCCGCUUUAUCCAGAGAUCUUGUAAUGGAAAACAGGGUUCCGUUCUUUCCAUUCGACGGUAUCGCUCUACGGUCGUUAGGAUAGCUUUGUCCCUCCUGAUGUGGAGUGGUUCUAUGUCUGAGAUAAUUUCCACGGGCGACCGUGGGUGUGGUUCGUAACGCCCCGCAUAAGAAUUUGAGAGCUAGAUUCUGUAUCCGGUCCAGUCCCUCUAGAGCCGUAGGGCUCGUGAAGACUUGGACCGGGAGGCUCUAGUCAAUGCCACCUCUUACACUCCCGAGGUAAAGGGUUCUCAGGAGUUUUAUGUCAGCUACCCAGGAGGUGCUGGCAAGUUUUUUGAUGAGGCUGAGUUUUGAUGUGGCUCGAGCGCCGAGUUCCCGUACGUGGUGAUGAAUUUGGAGUUUCUUGUGGAGCUACGCUCCCAAAACCGUGGCUGAUUUGUCCCAUUUGAGCAUUUUCACGCAUAUUUGGAGGUCAAUUUUCUCCUUGAGAGCAUUCUUUCCAUUGGUAAAUAACGAGGACACGGUCUCCUCCGCAUUCACCACCAAUCUCCAUUUCCGAGCGCAAUCCUGUAUCUUGUCUGCAGCCGGCUCUUCAAUUUCUGGAUAGAUUUGCCAGAGCUCCAGAUCAUCUGCAAACAUUGUCUUUUUUUUUUUUUUUUUUUUUUUCAAAAAGUGACUGCAGGUCAAAGGUCAUACACGUACGCUAGGAAAAGGGUGCAGCUCAAGGCCGACCCCUAUGGGGGUCCAUUCUCGGGGGCCCACAUGUUUGAAACACUGUUGUAACCUGUGCAUAUUGGCUGUCUCUCUGAGCUGUUGUAACCUGUGCAUAUUGGCUGUCUCUCUGAGCUGUUGUAACCUGUGCAUAUUGGCUGUCUCUCUGAGCUGUUGUAACCUGUGCAUAUUGGCUGUCUCUCUGAGCUGUUGUAACCUGUGCAUAUUGGCUGUCUCUCUGAGCUGUUGUAACCUGUGCAUAUUGGCUGUCUCUCUGAGCUGUUGUAACCUGUGCAUAUUGGCUGUCUCUCUGAGCUGUUGUAACCUGUGCAUAGUGGCUGUCUCUCUGAGCUGUUGUAACCUGUGCAUAUUGGCUGUCUCUCUGAGCUGUUGUAGCCUGUGCAUAUUGGCUGUCUCUCUGAGCUGUUGUAGCUUGUGCAGUAGACCCGCCCUCCAGACUUUCUCGUUAGCCUUCUGGCGGUCAAAGAAAAGCGCUAUAUUAUGAUUUCUCAUCUGAAGCUCAUUGGUAGUGCUUUGGAUAAACUGGAAUACCUGGUCCGUGGACUGCCUCCCCUUGCGGAAGCCGCAUUGGUUGUUGGAAUGCUCUUGCUUCAUUCCAAGAACCAAUAUAGGAGCCAAAAUGAUCAAUAAAUUGAUCGUGGGCCCUUAAGAUAUUGAAGAAGAAACAGUUUUGCGUUCCCCAUUCGCUAUGCUAAUUUCCCGACACACGAUGUGAGGAAGAUUGGCCGGUAGCUAGACGGUUGGUCAGCGAGUUUGCCCUGUUUGAGAAUUGGGACAAUCACCGCUCUUUGCUACGCCUUUGACAAGACGCCUGUCGUCCAGGUUUUAUUGCUCUAGUGAUGCACUUUGUCCGGCCUUGCCCAAAUGCUUGAGCAUUUCAUUACAGACUCUGUCGGGGCCUGAAACUUGACCUGUUUUGCACUUUCCUAGUGCUGUUUGCAACUCGGCCACUGUAAGACUUCCGUGGAAAUUUUUCUGGUGUGGUCCAAUUCGUUGGGCUGUGCGUCCAGCCUUUCGGAGUUUCUUGAUGGCCCGGCUUUCGUCAGUGCCUCUUGCACUUUUGCUGACUCGAGCAAAUUGUUUAUUAAGUGCGUUGGCGCGCUUGGCACAGCUAGUCUGCGUUUUAAGGGGCAAAUAUUUCGCUGCUUCCCCAUACUAGAGAGAUUAUCUAGAAAUCGUCAGACCUUCCUUCCGUCCGAGAGGUUAAGUUUUUCACACGUGCCAACCCACUUGGACAUUUUUGCUUUUUGGACUUCGGGACGAACUUGGGCCGCCAAGGAGUUGUACGCUGCUCGAGCUGCAUGUGUUUUCUUCUUCGCAGACUUCCUACGUGCUUUCACUCUUCUCUCUACUAGCGCCUUCAGAGUUUCGUUCCAAUACGGUCUGAAGGUUUGUCUUCCAUUUGUUCUCGGAAUUGCUUGCUUUGCCGCAUCUAGAAUCUUGCUUAUGAGGAGCUCAUACUCCACAUUAAGGUCUACCGGCUCUGCUGCAUGGGUCUCUGCCAAUUUGGCUUCGACCUCUGUUGCGUCCUGCGCCCAGUUCGCUUUCCGAAAAUGCCCAUGCCUUUUCCGAAGGCGUGCCUUGGUGUUACUUAACAAAAGUCUGUGGAGGAUCAGCUUAUUGUCACUUCCAACCUCAUCCAAGACUACCAGACUGAACCUGGUCUCGAGGUCCACUGAAAUUAGCGUCAGUUCUGGCCAGGACUCCGUACUGUUGCCUUUAUGUAAUAGUGUGGGUACACUAUUUUCGUCUUGAUACCGGAUGAGGUUAGUAGUGAGACCUCGUUCCUCCACGUAACGUUCGGAUGCGCUACGGUCUACAUAGCCGCAGUCCGGUGACUGGCCGUUAAAGUUAAAGUCCCCUGCUAUAAUGUUCCUCUGAAAAUUUAGGCUACCGAUGGGCAGACUGAUUUUAUUGCGGGGCGUAUUGUAGACUCUAGUGAUAUCGAAGAACUGGUCGUUCUUAAACACUCCGAUGGUGAGGGUUCCCAAGGCCUUGGAAAGACUUCCCCUCAAGCAGCUCCAUCGUUAGGUCGUUUUAAACCUAACACACACUUCACUAUUAAACUAUUAAAUUGCUAAAAGUGCCGUCAUCUUCUGUCAGACUGCAUCCAUCACAACAGAAAUUUCAACAUUACUGUCAACUUCUUCAGGUAUUAUAUGUAUUAUUUAAAAAAUGUGUCACCACACAUAAACUUUACCCCCUACCACUGCCCCUCCCCCCAACAAAAUCGUGUCAGAACCAGUCUCACUUUUUAAGACUCCCUCCGGAGAGGGGCGUUCUUUGUGAACGACUCCUUAUGUAUUGAAUCUAUGUGAAAACUCAGUCAGUGAAUGUCUUUAAAUCUAUAUGAAGUAUUGAAAUCAAGCACAGUCAGUUAAUGUUUUUAGAUCUCUAUGAAGUAUUGCUAAACAUCUCUUGUUAGAUUGACACCAAUUGUUCGUGUCUAAUGAAUCCAUCUAUUUUAAAACUUUUUCGCAGUCAAACACUUUUAUAAUUACCAAGCAAGGCCUAGAUCCAUCAAUUGACAUAUAAUCUAUACCGGGUGAUGUUGUCUAAGCCUAUUGGUAUUUGUAAAGCUCUUAUUAGGAAACGGAAAUGAAGACACCCCUGGUCUCAAGGAAGAUUACAAACAAUGGAUUUCUUUUAAUGAAAUGCUUAUCAUUGCCAUCUUCCCACUCUCCUCCAAUUAUUUCCUUAGAUAAACAAGUUCCGUUCACUGGAAGGCAAGGAAGGUCAACAGUUGACUGAUACUCACAGACCAAUACAGAGGCUCAAUGGACGGAAAGUGAGGACCACCGUGCACACCAAGUAUAUUUAUGUUCCCUCUCAUGCUGUUGGCACGCAUGUUAACACUGGGUGUCUAUUUCCUGUCAUGCUGUUGGCACCCAUGUUAACACUGGGUGUCUAUUUCCUGUCAUGCUGUUGGCACGCAUGUUAACACAGUGUGUCUAUUUCAUCUCAUGCUGCUAGAACUCAUGUUAACACUGUGUUGCUGACUGGGAAAAUUAAACUCAUCAAUUGUAUGUAGCCAAAGUUAAAUUUAUAAGGAAACAGAGCUAUGCAAGUUGAAAUAUAAUUGAAUGGAAAUAUGUACAAUAUUGUUAUAUUAAGACCAACUGAUAUUGAAAACACUAUUUGAUUUUGCAAGCUUUUUCAAUCAAGCUUUUCCAGAAAUGCCAAUCCUUUAUUAUUGACGAAAUCACUUUUUAACAUAAAGGUGUACAUCAAUUUUAAAAUGGUUUAUAAUAACUAUUUAAAUCCUUCGCUG